AGAUGCUGGAUGGACACGUCCUGCUGGGAUGGCUCUCCUCCUGCGCGCUCCUAGGGCUGCUCGCCUGCGCCCCGCGGCCCUCCGCCGCCUACUUCGGGCUGACGGGGAACGAACCCCUGACCAUCCUCCCUCUGACCUCAGAAAUGGAGGAAGCUGCCAUCAAAGCCCACUACAAAGUCUGUGACCGCCUGAAGCUGGAGAAGAAGCAGCGCAGGAUGUGCCGGCGGGACCCUGGCGUGGCCGAGACCCUGAUGGAGGCGAUCAGCAUGAGUGCUCUGGAGUGCCAGUACCAGUUUCGCUUUGAGCGCUGGAACUGCACCCUCGAGGGUCGCUACCGGGCCAGCUUGCUAAAGAGAGGUUUUAAGGAGACAGCCUUCUUGUACGCCAUCUCCUCCGCAGGGCUGACGCAUGCCAUGGCCAAGGCGUGCAGCGCGGGGCGGAUGGAGCGUUGCACCUGCGACGAGGCACCUGACCUGGAGAACCGCGAGGCUUGGCAGUGGGGUGGCUGCGGCGACAACCUGAAAUACAGCAACAAGUUCGUCAAGGAGUUCCUGGGGAGGAAGCCCAACAAGGACCUGCGAGCCAGGGUGGACUUCCACAAUAACCUCGUGGGCAUGAAGGUCAUCAAAGCUGGAGUGGAAACAACCUGUAAAUGCCACGGCGUAUCUGGAUCCUGUACUGUCCGAACGUGCUGGAGGCAGCUCUCUCCAUUCCAUGAAAUAGGGAAGCAGCUGAAGCAGAAGUACGAGACAUCGCUCAAAGUGGGCAGCACUACCAACGAGGCCACGGGGGAAGGAGACAUCUCCCCACCCAAGAAGUCCAUCCCUGGUCACAGUGAUCAAAUCCCAAGGACUACGGAUCUUGUCUACAUUGACGAUUCCCCGAGCUUCUGUAUGAUGAGUAGAUACUCGCCUGGGACUUCGGGAAGGAAAUGCUACAAAGACAAGAACUGUGACAGCAUCUGCUGCGGGCGAGGGCACAAUACGCAGAGCCGGGUGGUCACCCGUCCGUGCCAAUGCCAGGUCCGUUGGUGCUGCUAUGUGGAAUGCAAGCAAUGCACCCAGAGAGAAGAGGUUUACACCUGCAAAGACUGACGCGUCUUCUGCUUGAUGGCAACCCUCGGUGACGGGCGAUGGCGAUCUGUGAGAACUACAUAUGGAGACAAACAGGGUUUGAUUGACCUUCUGGGAUCUGAAAGCUAUGUUGAGACAUAAGCACUUUGUAGGGUACAGGUGACCCAGCUGUGUUGCUGUUUUGUUUUUGUUUUGUUUUGUUUUCCUGUAGACUGAAUUUUAAUGAGGUCCAACCAUGUGGAAAUAAGUGCCUGUCACACUGGGGUUAGACACCAGUUGACCUUCACCUUAGUCGUCUAUGCAGUUUGACGGAUCAUUUAUCCUUGGAACAUCUUGAUCGUUUCACCAAUCCUCCAUGAACUCCUGGGCUAAUAUAUUCUCUUUGGCAUAAAUAACCUAUACUACUUUAUUGCUGAAGCUUACCCAACUGCUUAGAGAGCUAAGCAGAUACGAAAGAAAGAUCUUUCUGCUUUGAAUGCGAUGGUACGGGAAGCGGUCAUUUAUUUUCCCUUCUAAAACUGGAGAGAGGUGUGUAGGGUAAGCAGGAACAGCCCUGAUGCUUCCUCUAGUGGAGUUUCUGCACAUCGAGCAAACAAGGCUCUGACAAAGAGACCCACUGGGAGGGUAAGCUUUUUAACGACAGCUCCGUAUCUGCAUGCUUUGAUCACCAAAUACAGCUCAAAAAAUCUUGGGUCCACCAUGUUGCAGACAGAAAUAUAUCCAAGAAAGAGGUUGGGAAGACAGUAGAAAACCAAAUGUGCCUGUCCCCUUCAGUCCAAUCACGUGUUCUUUUUUUAAAACAAUUUCUUCAAAUGCAGUUUCUUUAGCACUAUCGCUGUCUUAAUUUUUAUUUUUUUUUUUUUAAAAAAACCACUAGAUACUUUUGUUUUAUUUUCACUUUGUGCAUGAUUUAUUUUUCUCUCCUCUUCCCACCUCUUGUUGAUUGAAUUCACCCUGUGGUAACUGCUUCAGAAAUCUGAACUGGAACCUUUUAGUCUUAUGCCAGCUGAAUUUAGACGUGUGUUUCUGAGUAGGACAAGAGAAAUUCGAGUGCAUCUUGGAAUGCAGUGCUGUCUUGCAUUGUAUAGCAGCCAUUUUGGACUGGAUCAGACCUCUGGAGGAGUUGACUUUUCUUUUACUAGGUCAUCAUUCCAUUUACUCUAAACCAUGGCAGUGGUACAUGACACAAGCUAUAUGUAAACCCUACUACCGUAAGAUUUUUUUUUUUUAACCACUAGAUCGAGAACUGUAUUUUAAAAAUACAACUGCUAAAUGGUAACCAACUAUUGGAUUCGGAACAACCAAUCGAGGCAGAGACAAACUAUCAAGUGGCCAGAGAAGCCAGAAAUUGACUGCAGUGGUAGAUUGCUCUGACGCUGUGAAAUAGAUGACAACCUUCAGCAUUUCUUUUUUCCUUUGAAGAGGAUACUUACAAUCCAGGACUUGAUGCGGCGAUAUCCUUCAGUCAUAUAAAAGUGGAUUGGAAGCAGCCAGUGAAUGCCUCAGCGAAGCUUUUUGCUGGAAACACUGGAGAGCGGAGGGCAUUUUAUUUUCUUUUUGGUAGCAAUUUUUGAUUGUCCAGUAGUAGCAAUUUCCACCGAUUUUAUAUAAGCCAUUGAUCUGGUUCUCAAAAGAGGAAAGCUGGCUGGAGUUUUUCAAGCAGUAGUAGAUGUUAGCCAAGCAAAAAGAGAGCGGUUUUCCAAGAUGGACCAUUAUUUUUCAAGGUGUUUUUUCUUUUCUUUUUUUUUUCCUUCUUUUUUAAAAAUUUUGUUCCCCAAAUAGUAGCCACUAAUAUUUAAGCUGUUCAUGUGCAUCUAC